AUGCCCACAUUGUUCCCCACCCUCUAUCUCAUUCUCUCGGCAUAUUUGAUCCCUUUGAGAACCAGCCAAGCCAAUUCAUGCCGUUCAUAUUGUGGCAACAUAACAAUAGAUUACCCAUUUUCACUCCAAUACGGGUGCGGUCACCCAGGAUACCGUGACCUCCUAUAUUGCAUCAACGAUGUUCUCAUGUUCCACAUAACCUCUGGUUCCUACAAGGUACUAGAAAUAGACUAUGCUUAUCAGGCUCUAACUCUUCAUGAGCCUCACAUGUCAACAUGUGACACUCUUGUACUAGGAACCAAAGGUAACGGCUUCAAUGUUGAGCCAUGGCGUGAGCCUUACAUGAACCCUGUGUCGGAUAACGUGUUCUUGCUCCUUGCUUGCUCACCUCGGUCACCGCUGUUCCAAGGUUUCCCCGGGAAGCAUUUGCCGUGUCGAAACGUUUCUGGCAUGGGCUGCGAGGAGUACUAUGGCUGCCCGGCCUGGGAUAUGAUGGGCCACAAACGGAUGGGCUCGUCCUUUUUUGGGUCAGGCCCACCUGAAUGUUGUGCUGUGCCGUAUGAUGCUAUUAAGGGGAUUAACCUCACGAGGCUUGAGUGUGAAGGGUAUAGUAGUGCUUAUAGUGUGGCACCACUGAGGGUUGAUGGGCCUGGUCAAUGGUCAUAUGGGAUCCGUGUGAGGUAUUCGGUGCAAGGGAAUGAUGAGUUUUGUGGGGCAUGUGAGGCAACUGGUGGCACUUGUGGGUAUGGUGACGAUGGGAUUAGACAAUUGUGUAUGUGUGGGAACUUUAAUUCAACGUCCAAUUGUGAUUCAGUGAUCGACUCUUUCUAUGAAUUUUACAGUUGGUUUAUCGACAGGAGCAAGGCCUAUGACGGUGAAAAUGUUUGCAGGAUUAUUGACGUAUAUGCUAGUUUGGAUGACAACCUACCAGAUUUGAAAAGUAUGGUAUAG